AGUAAAGGACUGUGUUUAUGUGCGCGCGUGUUGAUGGCAGCCUCCACUGACAGCAUGGCGAACAUAAACAGCGCGCUCUGUCAAAUAGCCACGGAAAAACUUACAAACACGCAUCUCAUAACUUUGCAAACUGUGACGACAACUUUACGGGAUGAGCAGUUCAGAGCCAGUGUUGACAGAGAGGCUCUUGGAAACCUCUUUUCAGUGCUGUCAAGACUUUUUAUGGAUGUACAGCAUUUGGUUGAAAAAACGGAUUCACAGGAAGAAUCAGCAUCUCUGUGCCUUAAACUCACCGCAGAGUGUUUCAGAGCGCACAGAAAUGCCUGCGUACAGUGCACUCAAAACCAGUGCUGUCUGAGAGAUCUAGGCUCUAUCAAGCUAUCUUUUGAGAUCUUGACCAUACUCCUCAAGAUUUCGUCAAGAGGUUCAAAUGACAUUUGGGACGCACUUCGAUGUGGGAUUCAGUUUCUUGGUAACAUUGCUGUUGGAAACCAGCUUUGCAAAGAUGACAUCUGGGAGCUUGGGUUCCCGCAUGUCUUUUGGGACCUUUUGGAGCUUGCAGAUGAGAGAGCGGUUUCAUACACAUGUAUGGUGAUCCACACUUGUCUGGAUAAACACAAGACAGAACAGCUUGUUAAAGACACACAGCAGCUUAAAUUGUCCCUGAAGAUCAUAGACUUGUGCAGGACGUUGCCUGAUGUGGACUGGACGGUCUUUAUUGUCACAAAACACUUUCUCAAGUCGUCAGAGCUCAUUAGGAAGAUGUACACUGAAAUGAGCAAUGAGGAAAGGCUCACACUGUUGGAGCUGAUAUUAGCCCAGCUUGGUGUCGUUGAGGAGGAGAAGUGCUCAAUGCCUCUGAGCACAGCUCAGUUCCUGGCUUCCUGUUUUACUGAUCACUGCAGUGCUGUUCUCACUCUGAGCUCUGAAUCAUCAGAUUACCAGGAGGCUAUGGUUGUCAUCAGGCUUUUAGACAUCCUUUGUGAGAUGACCUCUGACUGCAAGGAGUUUAUGGCCCUGCAGGAUCACGCUGACCUUUUGAGAGCAACAGUUGAUCUCUUGAAAGAAGUCCACUUACUGGGCAAAACGAGUAAAAAUGUGUUUACUGCUGCACACGACUUCUCCUUGACAAGGCCAGGGGGCGCCGAUACCCAUCCUGUCCUCAGUUUCAAAGCUCAUCUCAUUCGGCUCAUUGGAAACCUGUGUCAUGGCCACGCUGUCAACCAGGACAAGGUAAGAGAACUGGAUGGUAUAGCUCUCAUUCUGGACAACUGCAGCAUCGACAGCAACAACCCCUUCAUAAGCCAGUGGGCUGUGUUUGCCAUCCGGAACAUCCUGGAACACAACCUAGAGAAUCAGAAGCUGAUACAAGGACUUCGGAGACAAGGUGUGGCAGACGACUCUAUGCUCAGAGAAAUGGGCUUCAGAGCGGAAGAAAGGGAUGGAAGUCUACUGCUCAGGCCCCUAAAGAAAGACUCAUAGUUGAUUAAGUAGAGCUGGGAAACUGCUGUCCCGGAAUGCCCAUCCCCACACCCCUUUACCAUGCUGUAUUACACUCUGGAGAUGGCUUAAAACGCCCACAACACAUUGGGGUAAUUAAAUAUCCAAUCAGUAGUUGGGAACAUAAAGGGGGUGGUCUGGGCUUUGUGUUCUCCACUCAAGAGGAAAUCAAUCAGAGGAGCUUAUGUGAGAGAACUCAUGCUGGCGUCUGUGAUGCAUUUAGUGGUCCAACCCCUGAAAGUGGGAUUCAGAUCCUAUGAAACAAGGAGAACUGUGUCUUCCUGGCUUUUCAGCCACUAAAGAAACUCUGGUGACCAACAGGGAGUAGAGGUUAAUCCCUAAUUCAGUGCAUUUUAUAGAGACCAGGCUGUCUCUUGACCUGGACACACAAAGUUCGUCUUUGAAUAGCUGUGAGACUUGGAUCCUUCUUUUUGAAAACUGCCUCAAGAUUUUGUGCUUUAAAAUGGGG